AUGCAUUGGUCCAUCCCCUACCCCGCCGAGAAGCACCACCACUGGGGCCCCGAGACGGCAACGCUCAACUGGUGCGAGGAAGACUACUACUUCACGCGCUACUGCGCCGAGAUUGUCAACAGCGUCACCAACGCCGUGUUUGUGUGGCUGGCGGUCAAGGGGCUGCGCAACUGCUGGACGGAGAGGCAUGAUGUGAUCUUUGCGGUCACGUUUGCGGGGUAUCUGUGUGUGGGCGUGGGCAGCUUUUUGUUUCAUGCGACGUUGUGGUAUUCGAUGCAGCUGGUGGAUGAGCUGAGUAUGAUAUAUACAACCUGUCUAAUGGCAUGGGCCUCCCUCUCCAACGGCAAACCGCCCGCCAUCGCAACCCUCUACGGCCUGCUCCUCUCCGCCCUCGCCCUCAGCAUCACCUUCAUCUACCACUCGCUCGGCGACCCGACGUUCCACCAGAACGCGUACGCGCUGCUGACGGCGCUGCUGCUCUUCCGCAGCUGGUACCUCAUGGAGUCGCGGCUGCGGCGCACGCGGCCGCACGACGUCAACACCAUGUGGUGGAUGGUGGGGUGGGGCCUGUUUGUGUUUCUGUGCGGGUUCGCGCUGUGGAAUGUGGAUAAUGCGUGGUGCGGCAGCUUGAGGGGGUGGAGGAGGGGCGUGGGGCUGCCGUGGGGCGUGCUGGCGGAGGGCCAUGGGUGGUGGCAUUUGUUGACGGGGGUGGGCGCGUAUUAUUAUAUUGUUUAUGGCAUAUGGUUGAGGCAUUGUCUCAAUGGGGAUCAAGACCAGUUCGACCUCGACUGGCCAAACCUCUGGAACCUGCCCGUGAUUCGGAGGAAGCGCGGGGCCGCGAAUGGCGCUGCGGUGGUGAAGAAGAAGAAGAAGGCGUAG